AUGGAAAACCAAAACCUUUCUCACAAUGAGGGCUAUCUCUAUCAACAUUAUUUAGGCUGGCAGGGAACAUAUAUUCCGCAAGAAAUUCAAGAAAGUAUUCCGCUGGCACUGGAAGAUGAUCCCCAGACUGAGAAUCUGGAACUCGAGGCAGCCGAUCAAAUCGCGGCCCAAACCCCAUCGACUGAAAACGCUAAUGUCACAACUGUGGAAUCAUACCCAUGUAUGGUUGAGGAGUAUGAGCAACUGAAUCGCCAAAUUGAGGAGCUGAACACAAAAGUUACAAUUCUGACUGCGAAAAUGGAAGAACUAUCCAAGAGCAUAUCUAAAAUUCAAGAGUCAAUGGAAAAGCUGCAACCUUGGGCAGAACAAAUCACCAAUGCAGUCACUGAGUUGGUGAACUGUGAGCCGAACCUGGCAGCAGCUGGGAUUAUCUCAGAAGCAUUCUGA